AUGCGCUCCCUUCCAGCGGGUGUCCAACGCUGGACCACCAAGCAUGUCAUGGGUAUGUGCGGGGUUGGCAAGUUCAAGGUUAGAUGGGGAUCCGAAACCUCGGCCGCGUGUCCUUGCUGUGGAGAGUUUGAAGAUCACCUGCAUGUGCCUCGAUGUAGGGCGCCCUCUGCUAGUGCCGCAUGGGACCGUCUGACUUUGGCCCUGGCUCAAUGGUUGGAUACUCAAGUGACAGACCCGGCCAUUAAACACUCUAUCCUCCUCCUUCUACAGGGUGUCCGUGAUCCGUCCCUUCCUUCCCUACGCGUGGUUCCUGACCGGCUCCACAGGGCCUUCCGCUCUCAACAGCGCAUUGGUUACCAAGGUCUCGUGGAAGGACGUUUGUCCCGCCUGUGGGCUCCUGUGCAGGAAGAAUAUUUGCAGUCGAAAGGAAGUCAGCGAUCUCCCUCCUUAUGGGUGUCCCGGCUUUCGCACCAGCUGCUUCUGUUGGGGUUCCAGAUAUGGGAGCACCGGAACUCGGUGCAACACUCGGAGGAUAAUGUGCAGCUACAUGAGCGAAGCCCACAGGUCAACAAUGGGAUCCAUUCUCAGUUUGAUAUAGGUUCAACGGAUCUCCCGAAGGUUGUUCAACGCUUGCUCUCGGUCAAGCGCCGGACGGUCUUGAACAAACCUCUGGUCGAUCGGGAGGAGUGGUUGAAGCUUGUGAAAAUGGAACGCACGGCCUACCGUCGGGCCUUGGCGCCCCAGCGCCGCAUUCUUUACCGCUUCUUUCAUCCUCAGGCUCCAAAUACCUAA